CGUGUGAUGUUAAGUUUACGACUGGUUCAUUGUGGAAGGUAUUUUAUGAAAAGCUAAACAUCGAUGUUACAAUGUCGGGAGAAAUAUGCCCAAUGAACGAAGAGCUUAUUGAGGAGCGAGUGAAAUACUGGAAAAGGGAAAUUGUGAGAUGUCUUCAGACACCAACCAUUAUAUCCCAAUUGGCCGCACAAAACAUUAUCGACGAAGACACACAGACCAAAUUAAGACAACUGUACACAGAAAAGACUACCGAUGUAGCGGCAAAUGAACUCAUCAAUGCUAUACGGAAGAGUGCGGCCCCAAAGAGGUGGUCUCUAUUCAUCGAGUGUCUACACAAAGAAGGCUUAGUUUAUGUGAAGUCACUCUUGCUCGCUGAACAUCAAUAUGAAGAUGAAGAAAGAGAGAGGGGCAGAAAAAUGAUAAAGUUUUUCAGUUCUACACUUGAAAAGAAUAUAGACCCUAUCGAUAUUCUUUCAACCCUUAUAGCCAACGACGUCAUAGCAGAACAUGAUAGUGAAGAAAUUCGUAAUUUGUGUCUGAACAAAAGCAGAGUGUACGCCGCGAUGUGUUUGCUAGACCGCAUCCAAUGCCGCUUAAGGCCAGGGGAGUGGUACUACCACUUCCUUUGCGCGUUGCGAGACAACGAUUACGAAGAGGAGGUUAAAUUGCUGGAACCAGACUUUUUAGACGAUCCUUCAAAAUAUCUGCCGACAAACCAACAUGGUCGAAAGAAAAUUGCAGUUGUACAACCUGCAACAAGAAUGGCUGCAGACAAUCCUAUUGAUAAAGACGGUGAUUCUGCCGACAAUCAAAACUUAACGCAUUCCAAACAUGUCUUCAAAUGUGUCCUGUCAAAUAAUGAACCAAUGGAAACAAUUCCAAUACCUGUGCAUGAAAUUAUGGGACGAAAUAAAACGUUCAUGAAGGAAACAUAUAAACAUGAGCCUGAAUCGGGAAGCAUGGUCAAUACCCAACAAGCGUCUACUGUAGAACUUCCAUCUCAUUUGAUUGAAGAUGUAACAACAUCACUAAAACAAGUUACAAUAGGAGAUACGACACCAACAGCCACACAAGAGCUAUUACUAGAUACCCCGCAAACCCCGCUAGUUCAACUCAUUCCGGAAUAUACGCAAUCAUAUUCGCAAGAGGCUGACGAAGAUACACAAGAGGCUGACGAAGAUACACAAGCCUCUUCAGGAAUGGACCAGUGCGAAGACAUAACUGGUUCCGAGUUCAAACUAAGGGAAUAUCAGAUAGAACUUUCCGAAAAUGCCGUGAAAGGAUUGAACACAAUCAUUUGUGCUGAAACGGGUACCGGUAAAACAUACGUGGCUUUGAACAUCAUUAAAAAACAUCUUGCUGAUACGUCAAAAGGUGAACGUAGGGUCGUGUUUAUGGCCCGUACAAACGUUCUAAUCCAACAACAAUUCCAAACGCUCACGAAACGACUACCUUCGUACCAGAUAAAGCUGAUUUCCGGUGAAAGUGAUGACGCCAAUAUGCUGGCUGCAUUUAUUCCAAAUAAUCAUAUUCUGUGCCUUACGCCGCAAAUUUUGGUGAACAACAUAAAAAAGGGAACAGUCCAUCUUUCUGAUUUUUCCUUGUUGGUAUUAGACGAAUGCCACCACACAUCGGGAAAUGUUCCGUAUGCUAAUAUCGGCAGACGUUACUUAAUGGACAAGAAAAAAAAUGUCCUAAAACUUCCACAGAUUGUUGGAUUAACAGCUUCGAUAGGGAUAGGAAAGUCAAGGACCGACAACGAGUCUGUUAACUACAUCGUGAAACUAUGUUCCAUGUUGGACUGCCAAGUGCUUUCAACAGUUCAAAAACACGAAACCGAAUACCUGAAAUGGUGCAAUAUUCCGAAGGAAGAAAGAAUCAACCUGACAGAAAAAGACAGAGACCCGUGUAGGGAGGCUGUUGACAAGGCGAUUCGGGAAACGGAAUACAUUUUAGAACAAAUCGUUGCGUUGCAGCCAGAACUUGUCGAUGUGCUUUUAGAUAAAAGGCCGCGCCAUGACAGAAAGCCUGAAGCGUACUACAAAUGGGCACUUAAACUGCAAAAACAUGCUAGGCUACACAAUUCCACUGAAGACGACUUACGAGACGUUGGCUCAUGUGCGAGAUAUCUCCUAAUUUUCCUCGCGGCAUUUGAGGUUAACAAACUUCUUCAAACAAAACAUAUCAUAAAGUAUCUGGCAGAUGCCCAAAAGGUAGAAUCACAGGGCAAAGACAGACUGACCGAACGGGAGAAAGAAUUAUUUGAAAUAUUCAAAGAGGUUCAAAUGAUUUUGAUAAAAGCUGGUAAAGGAGAUGAGGAAAAUCCCAAUGUCCGCACAUUGUCUGCUCAGUUGAGACAGAUGCUGAAUGACAAAGGAGAUGACUCACGGGCAAUGGUCUUUGUGCAAGCCAGGGCAACGUGCAAAGCAUUGGCUGAAGUUCUUGACCUAGAAUUUAAGGACGUUCGAAUAAAUGUGCAUUACCUGUUUGGACAAGAUACCCGAGGCUCUAUAACAGGUAUGAGCAGAGAUGAACAAACGAAUACCCUUGAUAAAUUCAAGGAGGGACACUACAAGAUACUUGUGUGUACAUCCGUGGGUAUCGAAGGUUUAGAUGUGCCUGAUUGCAAUAUAGUUAUCAACUACAACUACGCUGGAAACGAAAUAACAAAGGUUCAAAUGAGAGGAAGAACCAGAAAAUCAGAUGCUACACAUGUUACGAUUGCCAGUAAACACUUGCUUCAAAGAGACGAAGUUAACAUUUAUAAAGUUAAUAUGAUGUACAACGCCAUGAAGCAGAUUUUGCAGAUGGACCCGACAACGUUUCGACACAAUAUACAACAUUAUCAAGGAAUUGAGUUAAAAUGCUGUGAAAAUCAUAUGGAAGACCCUAAGAAAAGGAUUACUGCUGAAAACGACUUCACAAUUUCUUGCCUUCGCUGUAAUGCAACCGUUUGCCAGGCGUCUGAUAUUCAUCAGUAUGAAAGCAAUCAUUUUGUUGUCGAUCCAACGUUUGCUGUACGUGUCAAGCUUGUCGAACACAGAGCACAGCAAAGAUUCGCAGGCAUUUUAAAAAGAUAUAAAAUGCAUUGCAAACUGUGUCCUCUUGAUUGGGGAAUAGUUGCAGAAAGAGGGGAAUACCUACUUUAUAUAAUUAAGCUGGAAAAUUUGAAAUUCAAAAAUAACCGCACCGAGGCAAUUUCUUUCUUCAAAAAAUGGAGUGAAGUUCCAUUCGAUUUUCCUAAGCACGAUCUGAACGAUAUCCCUUCAUUGUUGGCAUAUCAGAUUAACAUCGAAUAGCCGUGAACAUUUGCGAUACGUUAUGGAUUAAAAAAACAUGUAUUGAAAAAAGAAAAAACCUCAGUGAGGGCCCUAUGGAAGAAUAGUGACCAGCCAGGCAGCCCCAAAUAGUAUAUGAACCGAAGCCGUGACUAUUGUGCCAUUGGGUCUGAAGUGAG